UUCUGAAAUUUUUGAUUCUUUUAAUGUUGCACUCUGAAUUAUUUUACGUACAUUAGAGGCAUGUGGUCAUCCUAAUGGUAAUAUUAACAGCACAUCCACUCUGGAAACCCACAGUUCCUGUCAGUUAUUCAGCUGUGAUCUGGGUGGAGUUGUGAAAGCUACACUUCUCCUUCCUCUCUCUGCCUGUAAAGCAACUUGAAAGAAGUUUUUUGACGAGAUUUUGAUUUCCCACAGAUUACAGAAUUAAGCCAAAUUCAAGGCCACUUCAAGACCCUCUACAUCCUCUUGUUAUGGUUAAACUGGAUCUCCAUGUGGUCACUACGAGUUUCAGUAUCUGCCUUGAUGUUCCUCGUCAUCGCCUCUCUGAUUCUUCAUCUGCUGGUCCUCAGGCAGUUUAAGACCAGACCAGAGCAUCUUCGGCCCGAAAAUCUUACCAUCCUGCUCUGGCACUGGCCUUUUGGAGUUGCCUACAGCUUGAAGGGCAACUUCUGCUGGGAAAAGUUUGGCAUCCCUGGCUGCUUUCUGGAGGACAAUCGAUCCAUGUUCUCUCAGGCUGAGGUUGUGGUUUUCCACCACCAUGAGCUUUGGACCGGCCGCUCUAAGUUGCCAUUGGAUCUUCGGCGUCCUCUGAAGCAGAGGUGGCUUUGGUUGUCGCUGGAACCGCCGAUGAAGAACGGCAAUUUGAGCGCAUUCAACAGCUUCUUCAACUGGACGAUGAGCUAUCGGCGGGAUGCUGAUAUCUUCAUGCCGUAUGGAAAGCUUGUUCCAAAGAAGAACAGAAGCAAAUCGUUUGUCGUUCCCAAAAAAACGAAGUGUCUAGUCGCAUGGGUGGUCAGCAACUACAAGGAACAGUACAGAAGGUCCAAGGUGUUCCAGCAACUGAAGGACUUCAUUCCAGAAGAUCAGAUUGAGGUUUACGGUCAGUGGAAAAAGAGGCCGAUUUCGAACAAAGCUCUACUCAAAACUAUAUCUCAAUGCUUCUUCUACCUGGCCUUCGAGAACUCAGAGUGCAAGGACUACAUCUCGGAGAAGCUUUGGCGCAACGCACUCCAAGCAGGAAGUGUCCCAGUGGUUCUUGGACCCUCUAGAGCCAACUACGAAGCCAUGGUGCGCUCAGACGCAUUCAUCCAUGUGGACGACUUCAGGAGCGUCAGGGAGUUAGCUGCUUUCCUCAAGUACGUAGCUUCUCACAAUCAGACUUACGGGUCCUACUUCAGGUGGCACGAGAGCCACGAGGUUAAAAUCUACACUGACUGGCGAGAGAGACUGUGCACAAUCUGCUCACAAUACCACAAACUACCUGUGCGCAGAGUCUACAAGGACCUUUACAGCUGGGUGAACCAGUAGUUAGUUCUUUUGGGGAAGAAAAAAAGAGACAUUUCAGUGUUAAAGGUGAAAUACUCACUUUAUAUCACAUUAAAAUCUUUUUUUUUUUUCAAAUAAAAAUGUGAAAAAC